AUGACGUCACGAAUCAUCUGGAGCACGGCUAGAAAUGCCAUUUUGCUCACCGUGAUAUACUCCACCAUAAUCAAUGGCUUUCCAAUCAUUCGACACAACUCGAAUAAGAAUAGCACCGCCCAUGAGGAUUACGAGGUUGCAAGUUACAGUAACAAAUCCAACAACCACUACCGUAUCCGACGUGAACUGGACGAUACCUUCCGCACUGCAGUCAUCCGAAUGCAAAAGAUGUCUCGUGUCAUCAACGGAAUUGCCCUCCAGCAAUCCAUCACCAAAGGAACCGUCGAAACUAACACUCUUAUCAUGGAACUGCUCAAUUUCGGAACUAUCACGCCAGACUACAUCGAGAAGAUUCCUUUGGAUACGUUGAGUUCGGUGGUCAAGGAAGUUACGGGAUUAAGUGAAAAGUUGAAGGGUAACGAUGAGAUCAAACGGAUGGAGGAUAGGAUGUUGUUGAUUAGUUCUAUUGCCAAAACUGCUAAUAACAUUACCACGUUGGAGACACCUGGGAACGAGUACCUCACGGCUACAACUAAUUGGACAGCAAAGAAUGUUGAUUGGACAAAACUUGAUGCUCUCUUCAAAGCCUCUAUCGCUGUCGCAAAUGGAUUUGAGAAAAUGAACGGUAAUGUUCGGGCCGCUGAUAUUAGAACCUAUUUCGGUCUCAUGCCAACACUUGCCGUAGCGCUAAUUAACACCAAACUGGACGAAAUCAAGAGAAACGUGGAAUCUGUUGAACUGAGGGACCCGAAAGCUCAUUUUGUGAAAUUGCUUUCGUUUCACAGUGCAGUCAAAUUGUUUGAGGACAACUCCGAUAUCCGAAACUACAUUGAUACCAUUGAUGACCCAAUUUUGAACACAAUUGGAGCUCACAUGAACUCAUUGACUGGAGUCAUCGAAACUGUUAAAUCUAAUUUUCAUUCCUUUGAUGAACUUCAAACUUUUAUGGUCACGCGUCCUCGUAUACAUGGAGACAGAGCUUUGAAACAGACCCCUGGAUUCCCAAGCGGCUCUGCUGACAUCGACGCAAUUUCCAUUGCUCUUGACGAUUCAUGGGUCCAAUUAGCUGUCGAUAUUCAACAGAUUCCACUUGCUAAGUCGAUGGAGCAAUUGAAAACCGUAUCUCAACUCAUCAAUGGUGUUACCAAUUCAUUUGAACAACGUCCCACCAAUGGAUUACUGAAAAUCGAAGAGAUUCGUGCAAGUCUUUUGGAAUUCACCAAUAAUAAUCUCAAUUUCAAUCUGGUAGCUUCUAAACUACAUAAGAUUCAAAGCGUUGUGGAUAAUCGCGUAUUGCCCAAGAGUAGAGACACGUUCAACACUCUCUAUCAGAAUAUUUUGAUGACAGCAGCCAACCUGAAAUCAAUUGAUGAAGUCAUCUCAGUAACUAUGUCGAUUCAAGAAAAACAUUCAAGGAAUUUUGAGGAGCUCACAAAAUUGAAUGCUAUAGUGUUAGAUGCCACCCGAAGGGGGAUCUAA